GUACACUAGAAGAAGAACCCAAAGUCCAUUUAUUUAAUGGUAUUGAGUAAAUAAGGGCUACAUAUAGAUAAAAAAUAAAAUUUUCUUUGUUUUGUGAAGAGAACUGAUUUGACAGAAUGGCGGGUCAAAUCAUGUUUUUCGUGUUGCUCUUGGGAAUGACAGGUGUAGUCACUACUCAGGCUGUCAGACCUCUUUACCCAACAUCUGGAACUGCAAGCUCUCCGGUCGAUGAUGGAAGUUCUCCACAGAUUACCCUGCUAAGACCUUUUUUCUAUUUUGGGCGGACAUAUAACAGUAUUUAUGUCAAUCAUAAUGGACACCUAACAUUUACUGGUCCACUAAGUGAAUAUAGAAGUCAGAGGUUCCCACAAGGCAUCAGAGACAUCAUUGCUCCAUUCUGGACAGAUUUAGACAACAGAGGAAAUGGUAAGAUCUACUACAACCAAUACACCAGUGGAACUGUUCUCCAGCAAGCUACACGGGACAUCAAUCAAUACUUUCCAGGACUGAACUUUAAUGCCAACUGGGUCUUUGUUGCAACAUGGUUUGAGGUGGCCUAUUAUCCCACAAGUGGAACACGCACUACUGUCCAAGCUGUGCUGAUCUCUGGAGGCCAAUAUUCAUUUGUGCUGAUGAACUACGGUAUAAUAGCCUCAACAACACUGAGCAUUCAGGCUGGUUAUGAUACAAUUGGCUCCACUCACUAUUAUGUCCUCCCUGGAUCAUUCACCAGUGCUGCAUCAGGGAGUAACUCAAAUUUUCGCCUUGGCAGCAACGUCAAUGAACCUGGUCGCUGGGCCUUCCGGACAGACCAUGGCUCAACAGGCUGCACUUUCAACGGUGAAUUAGUGCAGCUGGGUGCUUCAUUCUGGAGUGACAGGACCUGUGCACAGAAGUGCACAUGUACCUCAACAGGCCUGCAGUGCCGCAACCAGCCGUGCUCCUUUUCACAGAUCUGCCAGCAAACUUCCUUCCAGUUCUCCUGUCAGACAGUGCCAAGAGGAACCUGCACCAUAAGCGGUGAUCCCCAUUACUACACCUUUGAUGACACAGUGUUUCACUUUCAAGGCACUUGCACCUAUGUUCUCUCUGAGCAAUGUAAUAGUGGACUGCCCUACUACAGAGUAGAGGGCAAAAAUGAGCACAGAGGCAGUACUCGAGUCUCUUGGACACGACUGGUGAAAGUGCAUGUCUACAAUGACACAAUUGAGCUUGUCAAAGGGCGUCGUGGUCAGGCUAAGGUUAACGGGAACUUUGCAUCCACUCCAUUCUCCCUUAGCAAUGACACUGUGCAGGUUUAUGAGUCAGGUUUUUCUGUGUUUGUCAGCACUGACUUUGGUUUAGUGGUGUCUUAUGACACAAAUCAUUAUGUCCAGAUCAGCUUGCCCUACACUUACCAGAAUGCAACAUGCGGUCUUUGUGGAAAUUUCAAUGGCAUUCGUAGAGAUGACUUUCAAACUCGGGAGGGUGAGGUUGUGAGCUCUGAUGUGGUUUUUGCUAACAGCUGGCAAGCAUCUGGGGAUGAUGAGCCUGGCUGUGGGCCACAGUGCGGAGGUCUGGACUGUGCUGUUUGCACUGUAGAAGAGACAGCAUUGUACAGCAAUACUGGCCACUGUGGUAUCCUCAGCAGUAGUUCUGGACCUUUUGCAGCUUGCCAUCAACAACUUCCUCCACAGUCCUUUGCGGACAGUUGUGUGUAUGAUCUGUGUGUAGGAGGAGGGUACCAACCCAUUCUCUGUCAAGCCCUAAGUGUGUAUGCAAGUCAGUGUCAACAAAAUGGUGUUCAGCUACCAAGUUGGAGGAGACCCGGCUUUUGUGAAAUCCCAUGCCCAGCCAACAGCCACUUUGAGUCUGAAGGCACAGGAUGUCCAGCUACCUGUGUUAAUCCCAACUCUACCCACAACUGCCCUCUACCUCCCCAGGAAAGCUGCAUCUGUGAUUCAGGCUACAUCCUCAGUGGUGGAGUCUGCGUCCCUCAUGCUGAGUGUGGCUGCAGCUUUGAGGGCCGUUACUACCGCUCUGGACAAACUGUAAUACUAGACAAAAACUGUGGGAGGCAUUGUAGCUGCAGUUAUGGCUCCAUGACUUGUCAGUCUCAUGGUUGUGGCCCACUUGAAUCAUGCAAGGUGGAAGAUGGAGAAAGAGGAUGCAGACCAAAUAGCUAUGAAACAUGUUGGAUCAGAGGCCCAGGGUCAUAUCAGACAUUUGAUGGACUGACAUACCAAUAUCCUGGAGCGUGUCGAUUGACACUUACCAAAGUUAUGGGACUGUCCAGCCACCCAAACUUCAUGGUGACAGCAGAAAAAUUGCCAAGAGGUCAGGAAGGUUUUGUGCGAAUUCUGCAUUUUGAAGCAGAGGGGAUACACGUAUCUAUUGAGAUGACAAGGAACAGUAAAGUGAAGGUUAACGGUCAGCUGAUCAGGCUGCCUUUCAGCACUCCAUCCAACCGCAUCCAACUCUUCCACAGCAGCAUUUACAGUGUCAUCAUUCGCACCUCCUUUGGUGUAACUGUGCAGACAGUCUGGCCUCACUUUGUCCGUGUCACUGCUCCUGGUGUCUACAAUGGUUCACUGGGUGGACUCUGUGGUAACUACAAUGGUCAUCCACACGAUGACUUCCGCACACCCAUCGGUUUCCUGGUCAACAGCUCUCAGGACUUUGGAGACAGCUGGCGAGAUGGCUCUCUGGCUGCUCACUGCGUGGAAAGCAUGAACCAAAAUUCUACAACUAAUUACAAUUCUAGUGAGUACUGUGGCAUUCUCAGCUCACCAGAUGGGCCAUUUGUACCCUGUUGGUCUGAGGUUGACCCAAGGCAGCAGGUGGAUGUAUGUGUGGAGAUCACGAGGGGCUCUAGCGAUCCAGCAUCAACUUUGUGUGACGUCCUACGAGAUUAUGCACUAAUGUGUCAACAGAAGGGUGUUGCCUUAGGACAAUGGAGAGAUGCAACUGGCUGUGCACUAACCUGCCCAUCAAACAGCCAUUAUGAACUCUGUGGAACCUCUUGUCCUUCUGCUUGCCCCAGCCUCUCUUUCCCCUUCACCUGUGAUACUGUGUGCCAGGAGGGUUGUCAGUGUAACAGUGGUUUUAUUCUCAAUGGCGACCAGUGUGUUCCACCAACAUCUUGUGGAUGCUAUCACCAAGGAUGCUAUCACCAAGGUGGUGAGCAGUUCUGGGAUGGUGAAGAAUGUCAGAGCUUGUGUACCUGUAACGGAAAUACAGGGAACGUCCGCUGUACUCCCAACUCCUGUGGGCCCCAGGAGUCCUGCCGUGUGGUGGAGGGCGAGUUUGGCUGCCAUCCCAACCCCCAUGGCACCUGCUCUGCCUCUGGAGACCCUCACUACAUCACCUUUGAUCGUAAGGCCUAUGACUUCCAAGGAACCUGCCGCUAUGUUCUGGUGACCCUUUGUAAUGCCACUGAUGAGCUCAGUCAGUUUUCUGUGGAAGCUAAAAAUGAAGCACUGAAUGGGCGUCCACUUUCAACAGUAGCUGAAGUUUUUGUGAAUGUGUGGGGCUACGAUGUUCAUAUGUCAAGGGAUAGAAGAGGUUUGGUACAAGUGAAUGGAGUAACUAGAAAUUUACCUAUUAUCUUGAAUGAAGGUAACGUGUCUAUCUAUGCAACAGGAACUCAAAUACUUGUCAGCACUAAUUUUGGCUUGAGUGUCACCUAUAAUGGAUAUAGUGCAGUGUUUAUCUCCGUACCACCAAAUUACAGAGAAAAAAUAUGCGGACUUUGUGGAAAUUUUAAUGGAAAUCCAAAUGAUGACUUUCACACACCAUCUGGAAUGAUAGUCACAUCACCAGAUGAGUUUGGGAGAGCCUGGAAGGUGCCAGGCAACUACACGUGCAAUGACAGCUGUGGCUCCUCCUGUCCACAGUGUACCAAUGAACAGCCCGCUAGAGAUCAGUGUGAGGUGAUCCAGGCAGCUGAUGGGCCCUUCAGUUUCUGCCACGAGGAGGUGGACCCGGCGCCAUAUUUCAACGACUGCGUGUUUGAUGUAUGUUUGUCAGGAAUACAAGGCCACGAUCUCUUGUGCAGUGCCAUUGAAUCAUAUGUCCGUGCCUGUCAGUCUGCUAAUGUCCGAAUCUAUCCGUGGAGGGAGAACACCACCUGCACACUCGACUGUCCAGCCAACAGCCAUUAUGAGCUGUGCGGUACUGACUGUGGCCACACCUGUGCCAGUAGCAUUGAUGAAACCUGUGAGCAGUUCUGCUCUGAGGGAUGUUUCUGUGAUGAAGGCUUCAUCAAGAGUGGGACCAGGUGUGUCCCAGUGGAGAGCUGUGGCUGCCAAUAUGAUGGAUUCUACUAUGAUGCUGGCGAGUCCUUCUGGACAGACGGUUGCUCCCAGAGAUGUGAAUGUCAUGCUCCAAAUGACCUGCGAUGUUCUGCUGCAUCUUGCACUCCUGAACAGCAGUGCUCCAUCAGAGACGGCCAGCUGGGCUGUUACGAUGCCAUGUCCACCUGCACCGUGUGGGGGGAUCCACACUACAUCACCUUUGAUGGAGCAGUGGCUCAUUUCCAGGGAACUUGCUCCUACAUCAUCGCUGAGAGCACGAACCAUGGCACCAAUGAAACACAGUUUCAGGUGAUAGCCACCAACAAUCACCGUGGAAACAACCGUGUGUCAUUUGUGUCUGCAGUGGACAUAUACCUCUCAAAUCAUCCAGAAAGUGUGUACAUCAGGAUUGGGCCCAAUAAAAGAGUAACGGUGGAUGGAGUAACUAGAAAUUUACCUAUUGUCUUGAAUGAAGGUAAUGUGUCUAUCUAUGCAACAGGAACUCAAAUACUUGUCAGCACUAAUUUUGGCUUGAGUGUCACCUAUAAUGGAUAUAGUGCAGUGUUUAUCUCCGUACCACCAAAUUACAGAGAAAAAAUAUGCGGACUUUGUGGAAAUUUCAAUGGAAAUCCAAAUGAUGACUUUCACACACCAUCUGGAAUGAUAGUCACAUCUCCAGAUGAGUUUGGGAGAGCCUGGAAGGUGCCAGGCAACUACACGUGCAAUGACGGCUGUGGCUCCGCCUGUCCACAGUGUACCAAUGAACAGCCCGCUAGAGAUCAGUGUGAGGUGAUACAGGCACCUGAUGGGCCCUUCAAUUUCUGCCACGAGGAGGUGGACCCGGCACCAUAUUUCAACGACUGCGUGUUUGAUGUAUGUUUGUCAGGAAAUCAAGGCCACGAUCUCUUAUGCAGUGCCAUUGAAUCAUAUGUCAGUGCCUGUCAGUCUGCUAAUGUUCGAAUCUAUCCAUGGAGAGAGAACGCCACCUGCACACUGGACUGUCCAGCCAACAGCCAUUAUGAGCUGUGCGGUACUGACUGUGGCCACACCUGUGCCAGUAGCAUUGAUGAAACCUGUGAGCAGUUCUGCUCUGAGGGAUGUUUCUGUGAUGAAGGCUUCAUCAAGAGUGGGACCAGGUGUGUCCCAGUGGAGAGCUGUGGCUGCCAAUAUGAUGGAUUCUACUAUGAUGCUGGCGAGUCCUUCUGGACAGACGGUUGCUCCCAGAGAUGUGAAUGUCACGCUCCCAAUGACCUGCGAUGUUCUGCUGCAUCUUGCACUCCUGAACAGCAGUGCUCCAUCAGAAACGGACAACUGGGCUGUUACGAUGCCAUGUCCACCUGCACUGUGUGGGGAGAUCCACACUACAUCACCUUUGAUGGAGCAGUGGCUCAUUUCCAGGGAACUUGCUCCUACAUCAUUGCUGAGAGCACGAACCAUGGCACUAAUGAAACCCAGUUUCAGGUGAUAGCCACCAACAAUCACCGUGGAAACAACCGUGUGUCAUUUGUGUCUGCAGUGGACAUAUACCUCUCAAAUCAUCCAGAAAGUGUGCACAUCAGGAUUGGACCCAAUAAAAGAGUCACGGUAAAUGGAAAUGAUGUGUCUCUUCCCACCACAGUAGGAAUCUUAGCUCAGGUGGUAAGGCAGGGAAGCUACAUAGUGGUUGAUGCCUCUGACUUGCUAGUCCAGUUUGAUGGUCAGAGCACUUUACUGGUCAGACUGGGCCAAAACCGUCAUGACAGAGUCACAGGGAUGUGUGGAAACUCUAACAAUGAUCCUUCAGAUGACAAAGUCUUACCCAAUGGCACACUGGCACAAAACGAUAAUUAUUUUGGACACAGCUGGAAGUCACCCACCAGCCAACCAGGAUGUGGCUCCACUGAUGAAGAUGAUGAUGGACUGAAUGACUGCACCUUUAGAGAAGAAUACUCCCAACUCUGCAGUGUCAUCACCAACACCACCGGCCCAUUUAGCGCCUGCCACCUGCACUCUGACCCCGAGCCAUUUUUCUCUUCCUGUGUCUACGACCUCUGCCUCUACACUCCAGCCAAUGGGAUGCUGUGUUCCGCUGUCUCCGCCUAUGAGAGAACCUGCUCUGUUCUGGGGCUAGACAUCCCUGACUGGCGCUCUGCUUUGCAUUGUGAUGAGUCAGACCCCUGUGAAAAGCUGGACUGCACAGAGCACGAGUGGUGUGGUGAGAAGGACGGUGUCUAUGGCUGCUUCUGUGAUGAGCACCACCAUCGGCCAAACAAUGAGAGCUACGACUCGUCCAUCACUUGUGUCAGUAGUUCUGGCACCAUAUCUCUGUCCCGCUGUCAGCUGUUUGAGGCCGGCUUCCACUCUGAUGCCCUCCAUCUUCGAGAUGAAACCUGCAACGGGACUCUUGAGGAUGGUCGACUGGUUUUCCACUUCAACAAUGAUGACCAGCUUUGUGGGACAAUGCUGAGGAGCAACGGGACUCAUUUCAGUUAUGAGAACACCAUCAGCGGGGAUGUGGACUCUCAUGAUGGCCUCGUAAAUCGUGAGAAGAGCAUCCACCUGCACUUCUCCUGUGACUAUCCUCUGACCCAGGCACUGUCUAUGGAUGUUGGUUAUAUGACAUUGUGGUUGCUACUUUUCCAAAGAUUGCACACACACCUGACCACUUUAUGAAUUUAUUAUGGCCCUGGCUUCCACUUCCCUUUGGCCAGAAACAGAAAUUUAGAAAUGGAAAUAGAUGAGAGGUUAUACAUUGAGGUUCAGACGCAGGGAAUCGAUGAGCGGCAGAUCUCCACUAUUCUGGACUCUUGCUGGGCAACGCCUGUUAAUGAUGCCAGCUACCCUGUGCGCUGGGAUCUCAUCACUACACAGUGUCCUAAUCCAGCAGAUGGCACAGUAGAGCUGGUUCAGAACGGCGUCUCCACCGUAGCCCGUUUCUCAUUCAGGAUGUUCACCUUUACCAACUUUUCAUCUAUCUACCUGCACUGCCAGGUCCACCUGUGUCUUUUGAGACACAAUAACAGCACAGCUCAUUGCUACCCAGGUUACCAUGCAAGAGUGGCGAGGGAUAUUUCCUACCAUGACAGUGAAGGCAUUUCAUUGGGACCGCUAGUAUUGAACACAGAAAGAAGAAUGAAAGCAAGCAGCUCUCCAGGCCUCUUGACAUCUCUGGUGACCCUGAUAGUCUGUUUGCUGACUGCAAAUAUUCUGAUCUAGAGAAAUCAAGUUAAUGCACAAAUUACAGCAAACUCAGCAGUCGUAUAAUAACUGAGUAUAAAUUUAAUAAUUAAAACUAGAAUCAGAAGACUUUUUUUAUAUAUACAUAGAGGAAUACUGAUGGUCUGAAAAGUGGAUGUUACUGAAUAUUUGACAUCUGUGAAAAUGCUUCUUAUUUGCUCUGAGUGCUCCUGUUUGUAAUCGCUGCAGUUUUUCUUUGCAACACUGGAGGGCAGCAUCUGAUCAAAAACCUAUCUUGUAUGCUUCUGUUUCCAGUUCAUGAGUUUUAACUUCAGGUCAUUCAGGUUCAUUUUAACAUGGUUACAUCAUGAUUUAUUUUGUAGUAUUCAUUCAUUCAUUAGCAAAUAUAAAAAUAAUGAAGAAGAAAUGUAUGUGUGAAAUAUGAAUGUCUUGUAAACUGUGAGAAAAUACAGUCUGAGUUGAUUGACA